UCGACCGGUCGAGUGGUGGACCGGUCAUAACGGUCAUGUAGGCUUUUAUAUACAUAGAUAACAAUGAUGAGAAUGAUGGUGGGACCUAACAGUUUGUAUCUUGUGAGAGUAGCAGUAGUUGAAAAGACUGGAAAGGAUAAGGGAAGUAUUUGAAAAUGUGUCAUAUUUGUGAUUAGAGCAUAUUGGACUUUACCUAUCUUCUGAUUCUGGUGGGCCAUCAUUGGCGAGGAAAAGAUUGAGAAUGCUUUGCCAGUUAGUGUUUAUAAGAGGGUUCCUUUAACUAAAGGCAUUCUGUUUGGGGAAGGGAUGAGUGGAGAGUUGUCAUCAAUGGGAGGAUGUAAGACGAAAAAGAUGCAUGUGUUUUGUUUUGGAGUUAAUGCUCCAUUGUGUCUAACUGACUCUUGCCACCACAUGCAUCUUCAGGCACUUUCCUCAUAGUUACUUGAUAUUUGUAUGCAGCCACUUGGAGAUAAAGUAAAGAAGGGGAAAGGGGGGGGGGGAGACAAAGCACAAGGGUAUACAGCAAAUAGGAUAUAUUUGGACAAAAUUUAGGAGCUGGGCCUUCACAGCUUCUUAUUAUGAAAACCUUUCAAAUAUGAUUGAGUAUAUGUGUUAUAUGUUAUUUAUAUACCAGAAAUAUGGAGACUAUCCCUUUAAUGUGCUUCAAUGGAAGAUACUUAGAGUACAUUACAUGGAAAGUUAUUGAACUUUUCUUUGCAGCCAUUUCUGUAUGUUCUGUCAUUGUUAGAAAGCUGGAGUGACCCAUAAUGCCAGCAUUGGCUCCUGCUUAUAAGGCAUUUAAGCAAUGUUGUGUUUCAUCAGAUUGGAAGACAAGUCCUUCUGAUUCCUUUUUUCAAAACUUGGCUCUCACAUGGAGUGCCCUUUAAGCUUCCAGAGUGCAAGGACCUUCUCUGUGUCACUCAUUGCCAUAUGCCCAGAGCCUAGAACAGAGCCUAGCAUGUGGAAGGUGCUGAGUAAAUAUUUGUGAAAUGAACAAAAAUAUAUUGAAAUCUUUUCUUUCCGCUAGUGAAGGUCCCACUCACCAUUAGGGGCAGGAACAUACCCGUCUUACCCUCUCCACAGAGUCCACAGACCAUGAUGAGCCUUUGAAUAUUAGCUGUUUAUUUUAGUUGGUAGUAGUUUAGUUGGGCAAACAUUGUGUACAGCAUGAUACAUUGUGUACGUGAAACAGCAUGAUAAUUUGGAGCUAAAUAAAACAAAGUAAUAGCUAACAUUUAUGUAGGGUUUUAAAUGUGCCAGAUGCUGCCCUAGGCACCUUUACAUGUUAAUUUAUUUAACUCUCACAACAAUUCUUUGAAAUAGGUUCAUUAUAAUCCCAUUUUUCAAAUGAGGAAAUGGAGGCACAGAAAGGUAAUUAGGUCACUUGCCAAAUAUCACAACGCAAGUAGUAAGUAGGGAGACGGGAUAUGAAACCAGGCAGUCUAGCUCUGAGUUGGUGUGGUUUCUCUUCGGAGUUUUACUUUACCAAAGACAGAAGAGACAUCUAAAAGUUGACACUACCUUCUCAGCUGUAAAAGUUCAAGGUAGCAUAAAAGAUUGCCGUGACUCUGAGCUGCAGAAAUAAUGCUGCAUUUUCCAGAGAGCAGAGGUUGAUAAUGAAGUGGUUUAAGAGGACACUGUAUUUUGAAAUGAGAAACUAAAUUUUGAAUCUCAGAACUGAGUGAGGAUUAAAUGUAACUCUUUAGGUAUGGAAUUCUGAAACAGUAAUUCAUCAGGACAUAGAACAGUGACCUUUAUUUAGUGUCAGAAAACUAAUGUGAAAUAAAGUAAUAUUAAAGACACUUGCUAUCUUACUGUUUUUCUCUUUAAAACACUUACUAGAUUUACACGCUAGCAGUAGUAAUUUACCAGAAUGUGAGUGUUAUUGAUGGUUUCCUGUGCAUGUCUGUCCAUUUGCUUUGUUGUGUGAAAUCUUGAUCCAUUUUUUCAGCUUGUCUUGGGCAAUAGAGUACAUUAUUGGGGCCAAGAAGCCUCUUCAAACCAAGUUAUAUUUCUUUGGUGGGAAAAAAAACCACCAUAAAAUUAAUGCUGUUGAUUUGGUAACAAACCUGGAGUGAAGUCAUUUUGAAGCCACGUGGAAUUAGAUGAGAGCCCACAAACAAAAUCCAGCAAGAUGAAGAAAAAUUGUGUUCUCUGAAAGCCCAGUUUUGUAUCCCGUUGUCGGGAGCUGACAAUAUUAUUUUGGGGGUGUUGGGCAUCAACAGAGUCACUGGCUCUAAAUGACUGCACAGGUAGGGGAAUACAUACAUCACCCGACCCAGAGCUGAGGAAUCAGAGGAGCAAGUGCCCUUGAAUGAAGAAGCAUGGGCCACAACCCUGGUUAGCAGCCAGGGAGGACACACGCUCUGCAGGCAUCUUACGUUGGAAACAGCAUAAUUCGACUCCCAUGUUCUCUUUGAGUAUGAGAGAGAAUCCUAGUUUCAGCAUGUCCCCAAUAGAGACCAAAGAACCAGGAGGAGACAUCACAGCUUUCCCAGAUUGGGAGGAAAAAUAUGGAAUGUGUUUUACCGCUGACUGAACACAACCAAAUGAACUGUACUGACAGUAGUUUGAAAACCAGCAGUUAGCAGUUUGUUCAGGCUCUAACAUUGUCCAGCACUUUCCAGAGCAAACUCACUGUUUACAAGAACUCUCGGCCUUACGACGUUUAUAACCUCAAGCCUCGUUUAUUUAAAAUAUUUCUGCAAAGAAAAGUACCCAGAGCCCACUUUCCAAAAUGGCCGUGGAUGGGUAUUUGUGGAUGGUCAUUUUAGGUUUUAUCAUAGCUUUUAUAUUGGCAUUUUCUGUUGGUGCAAAUGAUGUUGCCAAUUCAUUCGGUACUGCUGUGGGCUCCGGUGUAGUGACCUUGAAGCAGGCGUGCAUUUUGGCUUCAAUAUUUGAAACCACGGGCUCAGUGUUAUUGGGAGCCAAAGUUGGAGAGACCAUUCGAAAAGGUAUCAUUGAUGUGAACCUCUACAACGAGACAGUGGAAACACUAAUGGCUGGGGAAGUUAGUGCAAUGGUUGGUUCAGCUGUUUGGCAGCUGAUUGCAUCCUUCCUGAGACUUCCCAUCUCAGGAACUCAUUGCAUUGUUGGUGCAACUAUAGGAUUCUCACUUGUUGCAAUUGGCACCAAAGGUGUGCAGUGGAUGGAGCUGGUCAAGAUUGUUGCUUCUUGGUUUAUAUCUCCACUAUUGUCUGGUUUCAUGUCUGGCGUGCUGUUUGUACUGAUCAGAAUUUUCAUCUUAAAAAAGGAGGACCCUGUUCCCAAUGGCCUCCGGGCCCUGCCGGUGUUCUAUGCUGCUACGAUAGCAAUAAAUGUGUUUUCCAUCAUGUACACGGGAGCACCAGUGCUCGGCCUGGUCCUUCCCAUCUGGGCGAUAGCGCUCAUCUCCUUUGGCGUGGCGCUGUUGUUCGCCAUUUUCGUGUGGUUCUUUGUGUGUCCAUGGAUGCGGAGGAAAAUAGCAGGCAAAUUACGAAAAGAAGGUGCUUUAUCGCGAGUCUCUGAUGAAAGCCUCAAUAAAAUUCAGGAAGCGGAAUCUCCCGUAUUUAAAGAGCUCCCUGGUGCCAGGGCCAGUGACGACAGCACCAUCCCUCUCACGGGGUCGGCUGGGGAGACAUCUGUGGCCCCAGAAGGCACAUCCGUGGUCAACCACCCCCGGGUGGCUUAUGGAAGGGCACUUUCCAUGACUCACGGCUCCACAAAAUCGCCCAUCUCCAAUGGCACAUUCGGCUUUGAUGGCCACACGAGGAGCGACGGCCACGUGUACCACACGGUCCACAAAGACUCGGGGCUCUACAAAGACUUGCUGCACAGAAUCCACACAGACAGGGGCUCCGACGAGAAGCCCGCCCCGGAGAACAACUACAGGUUCCUGCGGCGGAACAACAGCUACACUUGCUACACGGCGGCCAUCUGUGGGAUGCCGGUGCACUCGACCUUCAGAGCUGCUGACCCGUUGCCUGCCCCCGAGGACAGUGAGAAGCUGGUGGGUGACACCGUGUCCUAUUCUAAAAAGAGACUUCGCUACGACAGCUACUCCAGCUACUGCAAUGCGGUAGCCGAGGCUGAGAUAGAGGCAGAGGAGGGAGGUGUGGAGAUGAAGCUGGCGUCUGAGCUGGCAGAUCCUGCCCGGCCUCGAGAGGACCCUGGGGAAGAAGAAAAAGAUGAGAAAGACACAUCCGAGGUCCACCUCCUGUUCCACUUUCUGCAGGUCCUUACUGCCUGCUUUGGAUCCUUUGCACAUGGUGGCAAUGAUGUGAGUAAUGCCAUUGGUCCUCUGGUAGCUUUGUGGCUGAUUUAUGAACAAGGUGGAGUCCUGCAGGAAGCACCUACUCCCAUCUGGCUGCUGCUUUACGGAGGAAUUGGAAUUUGUACGGGGCUCUGGGUUUGGGGAAGAAGAGUGAUCCAGACCAUGGGGAAAGACCUCACUCCAAUCACGCCAUCCAGCGGCUUCACCAUUGAACUGGCCUCCGCGUUCACGGUGGUGAUCGCCUCCAACGUGGGGCUUCCUGUCAGCACCACUCACUGCAAGGUGGGCUCCGUGGUGGCUGUGGGCUGGAUCCGCUCCCGGAAGGCUGUGGACUGGCACCUCUUCCGGAACAUCUUUGUGGCCUGGUUUGUGACUGUCCCCGUGGCUGGGCUAUUCAGUGCUGCUGUCAUGGCUCUCCUUGUGUACGGGAUCCUUCCAUAUGUGUGAUUUGUCUUCUUCCAGCCAGCCAGCGAGGGAGGUUCUGGCAUGGGGAUGUGUGGGAGGCGUGUGCCCACAUUUCUCACACGCACACGCGUCCUGCCCACGCACGGGCUGCCUCCCAGCCAGCUUCUCCACGCCCUGCAGGUGGUUCCAGACCACAGUUCACCUAGGUGGUAGUCAUCCUCCAGAGCUAACUUAACUACUGUACAUAUCAUGUGCAUUAAACUGGUAUCGUGGUGACAUAACAUGGUGCAGUUACUUAUAUAUUAAAUACAUAUUGUAUACAUAGAAUAGGUAGCAUUAUUGCAAAUAUAUCCAAAAUGGGAGUGGAGAGAAUUGCCUAGAAUUCAAUAUUCAACAGAUCUUUGUACAUAGUGAUUUCAGUGGCAAAUUUUGAGAACCUUUUAAAAGGAAAGUGUAGAUUGGAAAAUGCUAUUGUUCCCAUUUAACAUACUGUAAGAUAACUGAGAGAUGUAUGAUACAAAUUUGGGAGGUGUGCGUAUGUUGAAGUGAUAUUGAAUAAUAGUGGAACAGGAGUUCCCAAGUGCUUUCACUGAAGUUUGUUCAUAUACUGUGUAUUGAUUAUGUAAUAUAUCAUAAUUGCUUCUGUAAAUACUUAAAACUGUAAUUUUUUAAUGAUAUGCGCUUCCUAGCUUUUUUGAUCAGAGAAUUUUUGGAGAGUACCAAAGAAGCAGGGGAAUAGUUUGCCAGUAUUAUAUUUUCAUAUUGUUUGUCUCCCCUCCUCAUGAAUCCUACCUUUAGCUUGGGAUGUAGCAAUACUGCCAGGCUCUGGCCUGCCCCAGCAGUGUGUGCGGUGAGGCACCGUCCCCCAUCAUGUACACGUCCCACUUCCGGUUCCCUAUCCCACCCUCUCCCACCACUGCUGCCACAUGCAGGUAUCAGUCAGCCCUGCCAUGGCCGUUCAUUGUCAAUGUAGAGAAUGUACAGAGGACAUGCACUCAAGCACUACAUAUCAAGUCCAGUUCUAAUUUUCACUCCUUUCUCCCCUGCAGCCGCAGGAAUUCUUGUCUCAAACAUUGAGGCAAAUACUUUGACAUUCUAGAAAUUUGGGAGAGGGGCGGUUGAAAUAUCAGAUAAUACACUGGAUUUGAGGAUUUCCUUGAGGCCUUCACUAAGCUGAACAUCUUGAUGCUCACUGUAUCCCAUUGGAUUAUUUUUUGAUAGCGGGAGGAAGUAUGACUAAUGUUAGAGCCUGAAACUGAAAAUGCUGCUAAAAUUUUUAUAUUGACAGACAUUUUCUCGGUACUUCAUUGUGAUUUUUCAUUAAUCAACCAUAUUAAAUUUAUAAUAAAAAAUGCCCCUCAAGUUUGCCUCUGAAGUUUCUUUCUAAAUAUCUAUGUAAUGUUUUUUUUGUCCAGAGUUUCCACAAAAAUAAAAGCUAUAUAAUUUGGUUA